CCUUAACAGCUCAAUCAACCAAAGAUGUCGCAAAAAAGGAAGCAUGCCGAAGAUCUCGGCGCGAGCGCCAAUGUCCAGGGUUCAUCCAAGAAAGCGCGAUCGAACUUCAAAGCUGGAGGUUCGAAUUUCAAGGCCGGAAAUCAUCCGAAACCCCAACCAAAAGCAAAUGCCACGAGUGGGAUCAAAAGUCGAAUACGCGACCUGAAGCGAUUGCUGGAGCAUGUGGACAACCAACCAAAGUAUAGGAUGCCAGCGGGGAUAAGGGUAGAGCGUGAAAGAGAGUUGGAGACUUUGGAACAUGAGUUGGUGGAAAAGAGUACCGCAGGACGAGAAGCUGUCUUCAAGAACAAGAUGAUCAGCAAAUAUCAUCAAGUAAGGUUCUUUGAUCGCAGGAGAGCCGAGAGGACCCUCAAGAAGUUGCGACGCCAGCUAUCAACACUCGAAGAUGAAACGGAACGACCCGGGCUAUUACAGAAGAUUCACAAUGCGGAGGUAGAUCUAAACUACGCCAUGUACCAUCCGCUGCUAGAACCCUACGCCUCUCUGUAUCCGAAGGGAGAGAAAGGCGAAAAGGACACGACUUCGAACGAAACCCAUGCCACAUUACCUACCGAAACGGACGGUCCAAAAGGCAACAAGGACAUGUGGAGAGCUAUCGAAGAAGCAAUGGAAAGCAAUACGUUAAACACCUUACGGAAUAGGAAGCCUAAGAAGGCGGCCAUUGCCAAUUCAAAGGAGAGCAAUAAACGAACGGACAAGUCGAACACAGACAAAAAGGCCAAACCGACCACUAAAUCUAAGGCGACAAAUGAUACCAACGAUACCAUCGUCGAAGAUGAUGGUGAAGAGAGUGACGGCGGAUUUUUCGAAUGAAGGACCAAUUUUCGUGGUCGGGUAUUUCUUAUGACGUUACCGGGUUGCACACAGCGCGUGUGUUCAAGCGAGAUCUGACAGGGAGGGACUGAGUCGUUCCUCGCUGACAUGGAGGGUACAGUGUAAUGCUUCGAGUUGGAGGAAGUAGUAUAGCUAGUUCUUGAAGACCUCCGGAUAACCCUCGAACUUCGAAGCAUCACAUGUUGGACAUGAACCAAUAGCAACCCCACCGGAAUUUUAGGACGCCUUUUGACUAUGCAGGAGACUACAAUAUCAGGCCAGCCAAGUCGUGCAGAUCUCUUCAAGUUGGGCAGGAGGCUGCUGUGCUCCAAGGACACCCAAUAGUUUUAAUCCAAUACCCCAUGUCGAUACAGUUUCUUUACAGUAAUAUUAUGCUGAGGGUUACAUCCUAUUCAAUUACAUG